AAUAUUUUAUCGAACGAUUGACGUUAUCUUAACGAAAACGGAAGUAUGUCUUGGACUGCCUCUAUCGAUUACGCUACGAGUUUUGUUGGUGUUUCGACCUUUAUAUUCUGCUUCUAUAUGAUGAAAAGACCAAAGGGUUUUCCACCUGGUCCAUAUGGACUUCCGAUCGUCGGUUAUAUCCCAUUCAUUGGAAUAAAUCCCGGAGAAACUUUGCGACAAUUGAAGGAAAAAUAUGGAUCUGUGAUGUCUGUACAAAUGGGGCGAGAUGAUUGGGUUAUAUUGAAUGACUUUGACAAUAUUAACGAGGCACUGGUGAAACAAGGAGAUAAAUUUUCCGGACGCCCAGAAAAUUAUGUUUUUGAUCUCAUAACAACAGGUCGAGCUCUAAACACUAGAGAUUAUGGAUCUGUCUGGAAAGAUUUGCAUAGGUUUGGAUUGAUGACUUUAAAAGGAUUUGGUGUCGGCAAGAAAGGAAUGGAGGCAAAUGUUAUCGAAGAAACACCUUUUCUAAUAGAAAAUUUGACAAGUAAAAACGGACAAAGAUUGCAUGCGAAGCUAUUUCUAGCCGUGUCAAAUAUUAUUUGCCGAGUCAUAUUGGGUUCGAGGUUUGAAUAUAAUGACAAAAAAUUCAAUCACAUGCUGGAAAUCGUUCAGAAAUAUGCCGAAAACACAACGCAUUCCAAACUCUUGACAGCGUUGUCAUUGGCCCCAAUGUUACGAUUCUUUCCGCCAUUCAAAGGAGUUGCAAAGAUUACCAAAGAUGAUUCAAACAGUAUGUUAGGUUACUUACGCGAGAUAGUCGAGAAGCACGAAUCCAACUUUGACGAAAACGACAUUCAUGACUUCAUUGAUGCCUUUCUAGUUGAGAUGAAAAGAAGCAAAACGAACGAUAAAAGCUUCAAUAAACAAAUGCUCAUUCAAUUCAUUCGAGAUCUUUUUGACGCUGGAUCAGAAACAACAAGCACAACCUUAGCGUGGGCACUGUUGUGCUUUGGAAAUUAUCCAGAACGCCAAGAACGAAUAGCAGAUGAAGUUAUGAAAACACUGGGUGAAGACGGUGUACCAAGUAUGAAACAUCAAAAUGAAAUGCCUUAUACAUGUGCUUUCAUACAUGAAUUGAUGAGACAUCGAACGUUAGCCCCAUUGAGUAUAUAUCACAAGACCAACGAAGAAGCGACUCUUGAUGGAUACACAAUUCCUAAAAACACGACGGUCGCUCCCAAUCUAUGGGCUGUGCAUUUUGACCCCAAACACUUCGAAAACCCGGAAGAAUUUCGACCUGAGAGAUUUCUCGAUCGUGACGGAAAAUUCGUCAAAUCAAAUCACGUGAUCCCCUUUUCAAUCGGUCCUAGAAGUUGCCUAGGAAUACAACUGGCCAAGAUGGAGAUUUUCAUCUUUCUAACUGGAAUAGUUCAAAAGCUGAAGGUUUUGCCCGACCCAAAGAAACCCCUCCCGCCCUUCCAUGACGGUGGUUUCAGCCUAGUCACUUACCAACCGCGUGAUUUUGAAGUUAUUUUUGAAAGACGCUAAAUGACUUGCGAUAUAUAUCUUGUACAUAAGAACAUUAUAAAUCGGAUGCUUUAGUCCAGAGGGGCGUAACUUGAACAAUUUAGUAAACGUAUAUCAUAGAUUCCUAGAAUCCUGUAACUUUUCAUUAAAAUCAGUGAUGAAUAUUGCUCCAAUCUCUGACUAGUUAGAUACCAGCAGCUUUAUCAGCAGAAAUUUUUUAUAUUCUUUUAAAU